UCAGAAAUAAUGUUACUCGGUAAAAUUAAAUAAAAAGUAUAAAUGUUUGUUCUGUCUCAAUAUGCAAAAGAAAAUAAUUAAAAAAGAUCGAAAAUGAUUAAGAAAAAAAAGAAUAAAGAAACAAACGAAAACUUUGUAAUUUAUUGAAUAAUCGCAAUUAAAUCGGGGUUUAGACGAAAGAACAUACAACACAACAAGAGAAAAAAAAGUGAGUACACUAUAAGCACUACUUUUAACCACACUAAUAAUUUAUGAGAAUAAAAUGUCGUUUUAAUAACUCGUUCUUCAUCGAUCAAUUUAAAAAGUGUAAAUAUCUAAUUUUCCAAUUUCAAAUGCCGUUUUAAUAUUUUUAAAUAUAUAAAAAGUAAAAACUUUUAUUAACAACAAAGUACAAAAAUUUAUUAAUAAUACAAGAAGAAGUAAACGAUAAAGAAUUGUUUUGGUUGAUUUGUCAUGUUGAUUGGAUCUAGUAUUGGUAGCGAAUUUGGACCGUUACCAACAACGCCUUGGAGUAUGGAACCACCACGACCACCGAUUGUUGGUGGCGGUUCAAUACCACCACCACCGCCACCUUCAUUGCCCUUAUCUCCAACAGUUGGUCUUUCACCGACAGUACCAUCAGCAACAGGUACAGUACCAAGUCCAAGUGGUGGAAUAUUUCCUAGUGGUGGCAAUCCAUCACCAUCAACUUUGUCAGCGCUAGUCUCACAACAUCGCUUAUUAGAAUUAUCAAGAUUUGGUCUUAGAGGUUAUGAUUUAGCUCAGCAUAUGUUAACACAACAGGGUGCCGUUUCAAAAUUAUUAGGUACAUUACGACCACCUGGUUUAAUAGGUGGUUCAAAACCAAAAGUGGCAACGCCGGCUGUAGUAUCAAAAAUUGAACAAUAUAAAAGAGAAAAUCCGACGAUAUUUGCGUGGGAAAUUCGUGAAAGAUUAAUUUCAGAAGGAGUUUGUACGAAUGCUACAGCACCGUCAGUUUCUUCAAUUAAUAGAAUUUUAAGAAAUCGUGCUGCAGAAAGAGCUGCCGCUGAAUUUGCUCGUGCAGCUGGUUAUGGUUUGUAUCCACCACAUCCAUACACAGGAUUUCCGUGGCCACCAAAUCCAGCUGCAACAGCACAUUUAUGGUCACCAAGCUCUGCCUUGUCGGGUAUUUCAUCUAGUUCAAGAGGUGAUUCAAUAGGACCAUCAACUUCACCUGGUUCUGGAAGUCAUGAUACACUAGGUUCUCCCCAUGGGGAUAGAUUAAUAGACGUUGAGGGCGAGGACUGUGAGUCACUUGAUGGUGAACAACCAAAAUUUCGCCGUAAUCGAACUACUUUUAGUCCAGAACAACUUGAAGAAUUAGAAAAGGAGUUUGAUAAAUCACAUUAUCCAUGCGUUAGUACAAGAGAACGUUUAGCUUCACGAACUUCACUUAGUGAAGCUAGAGUACAGGUUUGGUUUUCCAACAGACGAGCGAAAUGGCGACGCCAUCAACGUAUGAACUUACUGAAGCAGCGGGGAAGUCCGGCACAACAGCAUCAACAACAUCAGUCCAUGCGGGCAUCACCUCACUCACCGCCAAUCACCCCCACCAACACAAGUACUCCCAACACAACACCCAACAGUCUUCACAGCAGCUCAACUUUAUGUUCGGUUCAAUCUCCCAUAAUUAUCAGCCCAAUCACAAAACAUGGAAUGUUACAACAAUGCACUCAGGAACUCAGCAAUCAAGCAAUAUCAUCCAAUCUGAACAUCAACAACAGCAUCAAUCUAGCUUUAAUCUCCAGCAGUUUCAAGGGCGACAGUCAACAGCGAGAAAAUUUCAUCCAUACAUCAAACAACAACAAUCAAAACAGUCAAUCAGUAACAAUAAAUUCAGCCAACAUCAAUUCACACUCACAAUCCAGAACAGUAGCUAUACCACCUCAUUUGACACAUCAUUCACAAAUUCCACAGCAGCAUCAACAAUCUUUAGUUGUAGCAGCAGCAGCGGCAGCGAUUGCAGCAGCUCGAAAUUCGACCAACAACAAUCAAACAUCUCAAGCGACGACGAUAGAAAGCAAAACCACUCAAUUGACAACGGUGGAAACAGCAUUAACGGAAGUGACAUCAGAAAAUUCGCGUCAAUUGGAAAACCUGUCGUCACAGAAAAAGGAUCCAACACCAAUUCAGAAUCAACUUUCAAUUGCACAAAUGAUAGUUCCACAACACAAUUGUGUAAUAAAUCAGAAAUCAGAACAACAACAAAAGGACUCACCACAACAAUUCCAUCAUCUGCAUCACUUGCCUCUAGUGCCGCAGGAAGACAAGGUAGUAAAAAUGAAGAGGGUGGAGGUGCCGGAAAACGUGACGUCAUCAGUCACAGCAUCAACUCCAUUAUUAAUGGGAGGUGAACAUAGCGCUUUUCGUUCGAUAGUUAAUCCGUCAUCGGCCGCAGCAUUUGCUUUAGAUUUAGCUAGACAAUAUGCAGCGGCUUCUGUUGCUGUUGCAACAAUGCAUAAUAGAAACACACAAGAUAAUGAAUGUAAUAAAAAUAAUGAAAACUACGAUGAUAAUAGCAGAAAUAAUAAUGAUUAUGCAGAUUCUGAUGAAGAAGAAAUAAAUGUUCAAUCAGAUGAAGACGAAACCAAUUGUAGUCACAAUAAUAGAAUACCUUUGCAAUUAACUAAACAUGACAACAGACAGCAGUAGCAGCUAACAAAACAAACAAUUCUAUCAUCGGUACCCAUAAAAUAUUUAAUAUAGUUUUUGUAUAAAUGUUUUAAUAUUAUAAUCAUCACUUAUAUACGUAAAUUCAAGUAAAUAUGUAAGCAUAUUAUGUACAUAUAAUUUAAUUUUUCAAUUCCACAACUGUAGUGCAAUGUUUCAUUAUCCUAAUUAGAUUUACUAAAAUAGAUUACUUGUUUUAUUUUUUAAUUAUCAAUAUAAAAUAAACGAUACAUUCUUAAGUAUACGAUUAAAAUAUUUUAGCUUUUAUAUUGAAAAUAAAUCAAAAUUUAGAAAAUUUAUCGAAUAAAAAUGAAAUUUUAAGUUAAAAUGAGAGAAAAACUUAAUAAGCUACAAAAAUGGUGAGAAUAAUUGUUUUCAAGGAUUUAAAUUGAACUAUUACAUUAGAGUCUUUCAUAUUUUUCAUUCCUUUUAAUUUUGUAGAAUCGAGACUAACUUUUCCAUAUGUACACGAAACUGUAUUUAAAAAAUAAAUUACAACAAUUGAAACAUAAUCCAACCCAUAAUUUUUCUAUGUUUUCGUUUCAAUUUAAAAACUAUACGCUUAAAAAGUCUCUCAGUGUAACAGAAAUAACAACUCCAUUUUACAUUAGAAAAAUUUUUUUAA